CAUCUCCCCCAUCAUUGAGAUGGAAAACGCCUCACCGAGCAUGAUGCCGCCCUCCGGCUCCCUCUCGUCGAGUCAAUCGAAAUAAUGGAAAACUCACCGCGUUGAUUACCCCUGACACGGUCAUCCAGCACCCUCGAAUACUGCCCCUAGCAGGGACCCUUGCCCUGUGUCAUCAUGCUGCGCUUUCACUCGGACAAGCGAAAGGACAGCAGACAACCAUUCAUCCACUCGCAGCCCUCGCAGCCAUCUCUCCUCCACACUUCGCAUAUCCGCCCGGGCUCCUGGUCUGCCCUCGGUACGACGUGCGAGCUGCCUUUUGCAGUCACCUUCCCAGGCUGGCCCUGUGUUCAUUCGUUGCACGACUCCCCCUCCCCGGUCUCCUUGUUGUGUUUAAACACCGCACAGGUCCCCCUAUGCUGCCCUCAGCGUGGACACACCCUCCGUACACCUGCGAGCAUCGCCUGGGAAAAUGGCACGCCCGCAUAUCGCAGUCGCCUUAGGCGUCGCCUCGUUGGUUCUGCUCAUCGUUGUCCAGCUUGUGAGCAACUUGGGCUUUCCCCAGGUUGACUUUUGGCAUGGGCGCCUCGAUCAAGACCAUCAUGGAAUUGCGCAGAGACAUCUUCUCACUGAGAAGCAGGCAGGGGAUAGCGAUCAAAAUCCAGGGCAGUAUCUCAUCGGCGUUGGAAAGGCCGACAUCACCGGGCCUGUUGUAGAACUCAACUUAAUGGGCUACGCAAAUUCCUCGCAAAUCGGCACAGGACUGCGCCAGCGCCUGUAUUCACGCGCCUUCAUUGUAGGAAGCCCUAGUACCCCGAGCGAUCGCUUCGUCUACCUCGUUCUGGACACCGGGAUGGGAGAUACUGCCAUCCGGAAUGGCAUUUUGGAAGGCCUUCAGAAUCUCGGCUCCGAUUAUUCCAUCUAUACCAAAAAGAAUGUUGCUGUGACGGGUACCCAUAGUCAUGCAGGGCCCGGCGCCUGGCUAAACUAUCUGCUUCCGCAAAUCACCAGUCUGGGGUUUGAUCGGCAGAGCUACCAGGCCAUUGUAGACGGCGCACUGCUGUCCAUUAAACGGGCACAUGAGGGUCUGACACUCGGCACCAUCAGCUCGGGAACCACCAAGAUUUCCAAUGCCAAUAUCAAUCGGAGCUUGUAUGCUUAUCUCGCCAACCCCGAGCAGGAACGAGCACGCUAUCCCGACGACGUGGACAAGACCAUGGCAAGUCUGAGAUUCACCCGGGCAAGUGACGGCAAGCAUAUUGGAAUCCUGACUUGGUUUGCCGUUCACGGAACGUCCCUCCUUGGAAACCAGACUCUCGUUGCCGGCGACAACAAGGGCGUGGCCGCCUACCUUGUUGAGAAAGAGAUGCAGACCAAUGCUGCUUCCUGGAACGCUGCGCCAGGCUUCGUCGCAGGCUUCUCCCAAGCGAACGUAGGCGACACUACUCCCAAUGUAAAUGGCGCUUGGUGUGAGGAUGGAUCGAACCAGCAGUGCAAACUGGAGGACAGCACCUGCGGCGGAAAGAGUCAGGACUGCCACGGCCGAGGACCCUUCUUUGGUCUCAAUGACGGGGGUGCCAAAUCCUGCUUUGAAAUCGGGAAACGUCAGUCCGACGGCGCCCUUACCAUCCUACGAGGCGGGGACAGUCUGACCCCCAUCACUGGCAACGUCAGGUCGUUCCAUACUUUUGUAGAUUUUUCAAAGUUUACUUUUACCCUUCCUAAUGGCACCCUGGUAAGCACGUGUCCUGCUGCCCUCGGAAAUUCCUUUGCUGCAGGUACAACGGACGGACCUGGCGCCUUCGAUUUCGUCCAAAAUGACCCCGGAGCCCCCAAGAAUCCGUUCUGGAAUCUUGUAGGUAGCGCCAUCGCCCCUCCAAGCCCUAAGCAGAAGGCGUGUCAAUGGCCAAAGCCGAUUCUACUGAAUGUAGGCGAAGCCAAGGUUCCCUACGAUUGGGCUCCGAACAUCGUUGAUGUCCAAGUCCUUCGAGUAGGACAGUUUCUCAUCAUCGUUUCUCCCGGUGAGGCAACGACGAUGGCAGGACGGCGAUGGCGUGAAGCAGUAUACAAUGCCGCUAUUUCUUCGAACUUGGUUCGGAAAGAGACCCCUCCAAUCGUUGUACUUGGUGGCCCGGCAAAUACUUACACCCACUAUAUCACCACGGAGGAAGAGUAUGGCAUCCAGCGCUAUGAGGGUGCUUCCACUCUCUACGGACCACAUACACUCAACGCGUACAUCAAUUCCACGCUCACCUAUCUUCCGUACCUGGCCGAUGAUGUCCAAGGCACGAGCCCUGCCGGGCCUACACCUCCGGACAACAGGGACAGAGCCAUUAGCCUCAUAACAGGAGUGGCCUAUGAUAGUGCGCCCAUUGGGAAGAAGUUUGGCGAGGUCACCAAAGACGUUUCGGCGUCGUAUAGCCGUGGGUCUCAUGUCUCUGUGACUUUUGUUGGAGCAAACCCAAGGAAUAACCUGCGUCUCGAAGGCACUUUUACCGCUGUCGAAAGACAGGGUACCGGUGGACCAUGGACACAAGUCAGGAAUGAUCAAGACUGGGAGCUAGUCUAUGAGUGGAAGCGCCUGAACGGCUUAACGGGGACGUCGGAAGUCACCGCCACAUGGGACACUAGCAUUACGGGAGUGGAGAGCGGGACUUACCGGAUCAAGUAUUAUGGCGACUCCAAAGCGCUUGGAGGCAAGAUUACCAGUUUUGAAGGAACGAGUGGUGUGUUCACGUUGUCAUGAUAGACGAUGCUGUAGGGGUUUUCCUUGAGUAGCAUUGCGUUCUUUAGCUUAGGUUAUGUGUAUGCUGUCUGGAAUUAGACUUUGCAAUAAGCGAGGAUUGAUUGUAUUUGAGAGUAACCAUUGUUUUGUCGGUGGCCAUCUUCUUCUACAUGUGACACAGUGAAGGUCUCGCUAUGUAGAUAUGAAGCAAAAGUAAAGAGAAUAAAAAUGAAGAAG